ACGCACAAUGCACAUAGCCGUUUAAUGUUUAUAUUCUCUUUGGGAUACGCCAUCAACCAUAGAAUUAGUCAUCAAGUAAACACGCUUACGGCGUAACAAACUCCGUUGAAAUUUUUAUACUAUUGAAUACAACUACUACAACAUCAUGCCUAAAGUACGCCGUAGCCGUAAGCCUCCCCCUGAUGGUUGGGAGCUCAUUGAACCAACACUCGAAGAAUUAGAACAAAAGAUGAGGGAAGCGGAAACAGACCCUCAUGAAGGUAAAAGGAAACAAGAAUCUCUGUGGCCAAUCUUCAAAAUUCAUCAUCAAAAGACGAGAUAUAUUUAUGAUUUGUUCUAUAGGAGGAAGGCAAUUAGCAGAGAGCUCUAUCAAUUUUGUCUAAAUGAGAAAAUAGCUGAUGGUAAUCUUAUAGCUAAGUGGAAAAAGACAGGAUAUGAAAAUCUUUGUUGUUUAAGGUGCAUACAGACAAGAGACACAAAUUUUGCAACAAACUGCAUCUGUAGAGUCCCUAAGAGUAAAUUAGAAGAAGGUAGGAUAGUGGAAUGUGUGCACUGUGGAUGUAGAGGCUGUUCUGGAUAAUUCUUUUUAGAAAACUUAAGUGACUGCACUUGAGGUGUUGUGUCUAGUGCAUUUUGGGUUUGAAAGUGUAUCACAAAUGUGAAAUAUGUACUGGAGAUUUCUCUUGUUAUGGAAGUUAAAUUCAAAAUAAAUGACUAAAAAUAAAAGAUUAAGUAUUAUAA